CGUUGUCCACAUGUACGUGCUACGUGUUACUACUAUGUUUACAAAGUAUUUUGAAUAUAUCUUGGCGUUACAAAAGUUACAAAAAUGAGUCGGAACAACAUGGCGGCGUCUAUGCGGUUGCCACUUUUUUUUGCUCAGCUUUUCUAACUCUACGCUUCCGUCUAUGCAAACACCGCGCAUGCGUACGGCAGCGAGCAGACUAUGGCCGCGGCAUGGAAGCUACUGCGCUGGAAAACCUCCGCCCUGUGUGCUUCUCAUUGAUCAUUGUAUGUCACCUGGACUGGGCCUGACGCGGAAGUUGCCAUGUCGAAAGCGCCCGAAGCUUACAUCGUUUGCAAGCACCUCCAAUGCGCGCAGAAGUUGGGAAACACUUGGACUGGCUACGUAGACUCGCAAGAGGAGUACGACGAAUUCAUUCGCGAUCUAGCCGCCUUCGGCAUCUCAUUCAAUACCUUGAGAACGAGGUCCUCGCUAAGUGAAAAAGGAAGGCUCCUGCUGUGUACUCAGCGUGGCGAUGUCGUCAUAAACGAAGAUGCGCCGUUCAAGGUUGUGGAGACUUCAAAGAGAUGUAGCAUCUUUCAAAAACCCAGCCAGGAAGAAGAAACAAGUGGGUUGGAAGCCACCUCGACUGAAAGCACCGAACCACCUUGCUUAAAGAAGGGCAUCUGCACUGCGAUGAUGUCCGUCAAACAAAUUGAGAGGUACCCAGAAUUCCGGGUGCCCCACUUAAACCACUAUAGUACCAAACGGGGACGUGACGCUGCCGUAGCGACAACACUAUCGCGACUGAGGCUGGCUCUUAAGAAAGAGGCAGCUGGGAAACCUGUGCUCAGGCAGCAUCGCUUUUACAUCUCUAUGGAUGUCAAAGGGUGCCAUCACCACCAUGUUAGCGAUUCCAUUUGUGAAGAACAGCCAGUGAACGUGAACGCAUUGCAGAACAAGACGGAGCUGGCGGAGCCAAAUCAGACAUCAACCGGAAUCAUCGGGCGCUGCUUGACAUAUUACGUUAAGGAAGUUCUCGUGACAAACAAGCCGAGCCCAGUGAUCACGUCCGAAGAUUGUUAUGCAACAAAGCAAUGCAUAAGUGAUCACAUUCAGAGAGCCCUUCGGAAGGACGGGUUUAGUUCCCUCAAGCGAAAGGGUAUCGCAAAGUGUGUGGAAGAACUGAAUGAGAAAGUGCCAAUGACAAGUCCUCUUUUUUUUACUUAUGAGCAGAGAACGAGGAGAGAGUUACAGAGUGACGAUGAGCACCAAACUGUGCAACUCGACUGCGAUGUCUUGGCGGCAGUUGCAAGUGAAUGUAAAGCAGCGUUGCUGCGUUGCACCCAUACAGAUUUCAUGAAGAAUCUCAUGCUCAAGUAUUGCGAGGUAGUGUUGUGUAUGGAAGCUGCGUAUGGCGGAACCGAUUAUGCCCUACCGGUUUUCCUUAUUUACUUCAAGACACCAAGCUGUCAUGCUGUGGUCGGGGCUUUUGUCGUUCACUUUGAGAUGGCCAAUUGCAUGGAGGAGAUGCUUGAUCUGUUUAAGGCCAGUGACUCAGACUCUGUCAGUACAAAGUUUUGGGUAAUCGAGCACAGCCGAGCGGAUAUCGAGGCACUUUGUUGCACUUUUCCAAGGAGCCAUCCUCUCUUGUGCAAUUUCCACCGAGAACAAGCAUGGAGGGGGUGGCGAUCCAAAGAGGCAAGUAUUGUAAGCAACGUCAGCUUAGUCAAGAAAAUGCUGCAGCGAGUGGCACAUAGCAAAAAUGAUGAGGAACGCAAGUUGGCAGUGGAAGCAUUGGAGCAGUCUCCCCACUGGCAGAGAAAUAAGAAGCUGCAAGGAUUCAUAUGCCAAAAGUGGCUAUUGCUCAGUGAAAUGUUGGCAAAAAUGCGCAAAUGCGCCUUUCGUUUCGACGACAUGGACGAGGAUUUGGAGACUAAAAGUGAAAAGCUACAAGCCUGUUUGACAGAAGGUGGUAGCCACCAUGACGUUCGAGGACUGGUUCGAGUUUUUGCCAAGACGUUUUCUCCAGAAAGUGAAAAGCAGGCUUUGCAAGUCAGCACGAGCUCUCUUCCUAGCUACCCUCUCUUCAACGUUGCUUUACCCAAGUUUCUCCACGGCAAACCUUCUGCUGUGACGAAACAAAUCAUGGAACACUUGACGAGAGCUGCUAACUACAGGAGGUUAGAAAUUAAUCCAGGCGAAGAAGAAGGCACUUUUUUUGUCCAAUCUACUGCUCAGAGUAGCAGCUUUCACGAAGUGAACGUCAACGUUCCAAGCUGCACUUGUUCCUUCUUUGUACAAACAGCACUGCCAUGCAGACACUUAGCAGCAGUCUUCUUGCUUGUGGAGGGCUGGGACUUUUCACGCCUGCUGGCCACUUACAGGAAUGGGCCACAUAUGACAGCCCAUGAAGACGCUGAUUCCACAUCACAGGAAACAGUUAGCAAGGCAUCACAAAUGGAAGUUUCUAUUAAGGCUGAGCCGGAUGAUCCAGACAUGACAGCCCGUGAAGAUGCUGAUUCCGUGUCGCAGGAAACAGUUAGCAAGGCAUUACAAAUGGAAGUUUCUACCAAGGUUGAGCCGUAUGAUCCAGACAUGACAGCCCAUGAAGACGCUGAUUGCACGUUGCAGGAAAUGAUUAGCGAGGCAUCACAAAUGGAAGCUUAUGUCAAGGUUGAGCCGAAUGAGCCAUAUAUGACAGCCCAUGAAGGUGCUGAUUGCACGUUGCAGGAAAUGGCAUCAGAUAUGACAGCCCAUGAAGGCGCUGAUUGCACUUCGCAGGAAGCAAUUAGCAAGGCAUCAGAAAUGGAAGUUUGUGUCAAGGUUGAGCCAAACGAGCCACAUGUGACAGCUUAUGAAGACGCUGGCUUCUUGUUGCAAGAAACAAUUAGCGAGGCAUCACAAACAGAAGUUUGUAUCAAGGUUGAACCGAAUGAACCACAUUUGACAGCUCACGAGGAUGCUGAUUACGCAUCCCAGGAAACGAUUAGCAAGGCAUCUGAAACAGGUGCUUGUGUCAAGGUCGAAUGGGACCUGCAGCCCGCUGAACUGCUAGUUGAAGUUAGUACUGCGGAGCCUGAGCAGGACUUAGAGCAGAGCCUGUCACUCAUGAAAUCCCAAAUUGGAGCUCAAAUGGAGGAGAUUGAUUCUCUGCUUUGUCAUGUACGGGACAAUACUGUGUUGCAAUGGGUGCUAGACAAGUUCAAUCAAGUAGGAGCACUGGUGGAACGACAUGUGCCUGGAUGUAGUGCAGCAAGCAUCGAGAGAUGGACAGCUGAGGGAUGCAGUAAUAUUAAGAGGAAAGGAGCGACCCUGGUUGUAUCAACAAAGAAGAAAAAAGAUUUCAGCUAGUCAGUCUACAGAAUGAGGUGGCUGUAAGUAGAGGCGCAUGGGACAUAUGUUCGCAUUAUGCUGUGCACUCACAUUAUCCUUCAUCAUUUUGUACAUAUUCAUUAACAUACAUUGGUCCCCAUCACAUGAAGCAAACAUUCUGGUCAGUGUAUGCAGGUUUUAUAGAUGCAAGGCACUGGGCUGUCUUCUCAUGCUGAAUUCACUGGAGCAUGAUUGCUUGUGAAAAUUCAUGCUAUUAGCCUCAAACAGUUCGUCCUAUCUGUUUAGAAAAUCCAAACACAUGGGCAUUGACUGUGUUCUUGACGCCCUUGCCUCUGCUCCAUCAGACUGCACGCUCCUGGCGUGGAAGCCUACCCAGCAGGCAAUUGCUGGCAGCCGUGGGAUGCCAACAUUUGUUUGCUGACUGGUAUGUUCCUGGCAUGUGUUUAGAUGAUGUAAAAUAUACACUGAACUUCAGAAGUAGUUCCUGGUCAGCAAUUGUGCAUAUUGGAAUGCAGUGUGCGGAUUGUAAGGCUUUGAGGCUACACGUGUGCUCUGUAUGUGACGCACCUGCAGAUUUGGGAGGCCAUGAGAAACUGAGUGCUUUACAGGUCAUUCUUAAAAGCCACCACAAGUCCGUCAGAAUAUUGUAAGAACAAGCGCAUUCCAAAGGGUACAGACUGGCGUAACACAAAUGCUUAUAGACAAUGGACGCCUGUAUGCUCUAUAACAGAGGGUGAAAUAAAUACAGGCACGCCAUAGGAACAAGAUUAAGCGCAGCUUAUGGUUCUGCCAUGUGUAAUGGCACGAUUGUUAAGUAUAGGCAAAAUAUAUUUUGGAAAGUCAAUUGAUGGAAGCAUUUGGUAUUUUAAGAGCUUGUGGAUUGUGUAUUGGUGGUCCAUUGCAGUAGCGCACCCAGGAUUUCUGCCAGGGGGGAGGGGGGGGGGGUUUACAGUUUGCCAAUACCAUCUAAACAGCACUACUUUCAAUUUCUUCACGGGAAAUUGUCAAAAAAUUCGAUUUUUGCACAAGUUUGUGAGUGUGCAGACGAUUGCGCGUCUUACAUCUUAGUUGCAGUACUGAAAGCCGCAAGGAAAGAAAAGGGUUAAACAAAAGGGGGGGAGGUUAACUCGGCCUCAGGGGGGCUUACAACCCCCGAAUCCCCCCCCCCCCCCCGUCGAUGCGCAACUGGUCCAUUGGUUGUAGUAGCACGUAGAGAGUCGAAAUUACUGGUAUCAUGUUGAACUACACUGUGCUCUGUGUUCUUUCUCCUCUUCUAUUUCUUUUUCUUUUUUAUUAAUUGACCUGUAUCAGUGUGGAGUGGCUGACUUAAUCUUGGCACUUUCAUGGCUACCUGCAUUUGCAUUGUUUUUGAAAUUUCAGUUGCAAGUAAAGGCUUGUUGCAUCUUAUUUCUUCAUCUUGUCUGUCAUGCAAUUCAGGUGUAAAUUAAUAUUUGAAGGUGAUUGUGGCACACGUUUAAUACUUAAUUCUACUUGGCUCUUGCUGUUUUAACCCAAAACUAUGUGUUUCUGUAGUUCUAGAGUUUGAAGUGCAUACCGACCUUUUGAUUGGCCUGUAUUUUUUGAACAGUUCAGAGUAAUGCGUUAUUAUCCCUCCACAGAAAGAAGCUUAGCUUAUAGACAAAUUCCUGUGUAUUAUUAUUCGUUAACGUACGUCUGCGGGAAACCCCAUGCAGGCGUCAUUUUUCACACCAAUUGCAAGAAAUGGCAAAAGUUUAUAAUAGUUGAAAUAAUAAUAUGAUGCUUUCCACGACAGUAGACAUGUAACUCCACAUGACAAUCGGUAUUGUUACACGGUGUCCUCCAGCAAUGGAAACCAGUGUGAAAGGCCAUGCUGUCCAAAAGCAUGAAGUUGAAGCUCUAUGGUCAGACGAAGCAGUGGUGUUAUAGCGGCAUUUAUUAGGUGCCAACUUGUGGGACAGUUGCAUCCGUCCCGUUAGGUAUCAACGUACACCAUUCAUCGAAUGCUAGCUCUCCCUGUGCUACAUUCAGUCCCCAUACAUCCUUAGUGUUGUGGUACCUCCUUGCAUAUGUUAAUUUAUUUAUUGAUUUAUAGAAUUUAGCAUUCUAUAGCAACCUUAGUGACUCAAUAAAACAUUAU